GUUUAAUAGUCAGCAUUUGACGUAUUUUAUUGAAAUAUCUAACUUAAAAUUGUUACGUUAGUGUUGAAUUUUUCAGCGCUCCUGCCUCCUCCUGUUACGGAACAUGAUAAAUAAACAACUAAUUUUAUUGUAAUUAGUUGCAUUAAUUAGUUUUGCAGUGCAUGCAAAAUCGUUGGCAUAAGGAAACCCACGGGAUUGCUUCAAGAUAUUUUACAGUUAGUGAAAGUAUUUUGUACUUAAUAAACAUUUAAGAAGUACAAAUAUGGAAAUAUUUUAUAUGGAAUUCAUUACCGUGUGACUUGUAUAAUUAAAAUAUGGAUGAAAAAGAAAACGAUUUGUCUUUUAUUAUGGUAAAUCAUGCUGACUGCAGACCUUGUGGGACAUCAUUUAAACAUAUAAAAUGCUUGGAUAAUUAUGGUUUAAGCUUUAAUUUUUGCUACGGUACAAACGACUUUGGUAAAAGCAACCAAAUAAAAGCUAACAAAAUAACACGACUUAAUCCAUGUGGAAUUACCACAAGCAAUUCUAGUUUAUUAAUUUCUGACAAUCAACUAGGAGUAGUUAACAUAUAUUCAAUUGACGAUUUUAUAAACAGUUUUACUUUACCAUAUAAAGUACUGUUCAAACAUUCAUUUCCAUCAGUUACUGAUGUCUCAUUGCUUGAAGAAACUUUUUUUGUGACUGAUCACUUAUCUAAAAAAGUCCAUAUUUGUAGCAAAGUAGGUGUUGAAAAUUUUAUAAACAGUGAGAUUUUUUUGCCACAGUCAUUAGAACUAUCAGGCAUAUGUGUUACAAAUAACAAACAAAUUAUUGUGUCUGAUUCAAAAGCUUGUAACAUCACUAUAUGUGAGCAAAAUGGGGAUUUAUUACACACUUUUGGAGGCGCUGAUAAAUUAGAUUAUCCUCAAUUUUUAUGUUGGAGCAGUAGAAGCGAGAGAAUUUUCAUAGCAGAUACAUGUAGUUCUAAAGUUCAUGUCUUUAAUAUUUACGGACAGCAUGACUUCAGCUUCGGAUCUCACAUAAUGAAUAAUGGUUGUUUUUUAAAUCCUUCUGGAAUAGAUGUAGAUGACUCAGGGCGUAUUUUUGUUGCAGACGAAACCUUAAACAAUGUUCAAGUUUUUGAUAAAAAUGGAAACCUUAUUGAUAACUUUGGAGAAUCAGGAUUCAAAUGUGGUCAUUUUCAUUCUCCAAAAGGUCUCUCUGUAUGCAAUGGUAAAGUUUAUAUAGCUGAUAGUUUGAAUUAUAGAGUUCAAGUAUUUGAAGAAAAAUUUAAUCAUUAAGUUUUUUAAAAACAAAGAUACAAGUUUUAAAUAAAUUUUCAAUUUAUAUUUGUUAUCUUAACAUUUUAUUUAUUAUGCCACAGUUUUGAAUUGUGAAAACUUUGUAUUUAUACAGUUGUUUAUUACUAGAAUACAUGUGAUGUAA